AGGGCCGCCUAGCUGUCAUUGCGGAAACCAGUGCGGGCUCUAUACACUGUUGCUAGAGAAAAAGAGGAUUGACAUAGAAUAACUGGAAUCAUUUGUGGUUUCUCUACACUGAUCGUCACAGGUGUUAAAGUAGCAUCAUGUAGAACAACAGUCUUAAAUGGUUUGAGGAGGGAUGGCAACUCGGACACCAACCGAGACAUCCUAAUGCAGGAACCCCAAGAAGCUCUUCAAGAUUGUGCACGGAUGAAAUUAAAAUCAACUGAGGCCAAAUCUGUGCAGUUUUGUGCCACGCCGGGGAUGUGCACCGUUUUUAGAACUGAGUUAACUCCAGCUGUAAUACAAGACGCCAUGGUUGAUAACGACUGUGUGCUUAUGAAGUUCUCUUGUGAUGGGAUAAAGUCUAACAAUGACCUAUCAGAAUAUGGUACUGCCAACACGGCCAAUGUCACUGCAACGCAAGAAACGGCUUCAUCCACCGCACUGAAGCCAUCACCUCCUCUGUCAACUGCAGCACCACCGGAAACACCACCCCUGUCAACUGCAGCACCACCGGAAACACCACCUCUGUUAGCUGUAACGCCACCGGAAACACCCACGUCUGUCGGAGUAACGCCAUCAGCUUCCCUUACUACACUUACUUCACUUACCUCACAACUACCCUCAACGCCAUUGCUGUCUACGGUAGUGACGUCAGCACCUCAUUCAUCAACUACACUGACGUCGGAAGGCAGUAUACUUACCAAUGAAUCUUCAACAGACCCUGUUACUUCUGGUCAACUAGGUGGUUCUGAGUUAAUCCCUGGUGCUAACUGUACAUACAUUCUGCAAGCCCAACCAGAAGCAGUGACAGGUGUCUACUGGAUCUCAACACAGGACCAAACUUUUCAGGUUUAUUGUGAUAUGGACACUGAUGGAGGGGGCUGGACUCUCGUCUGGAGUUACACUUUCACAAAUUUUAGCUCAAAUUUGAUAGGUGCCCUAACACCAAGACCAAGUUGGUUAGCGCCUAACGGAGAUGUUCCCAUAUCUGUUACCCCUCCCUUGAACGAAACAGAUUUCAAUGCCGUGGAUUUUGACUUGUGGAACUCCAUCGGUAACCGACAAUUUAUGGUAAAAUCAACCAUCAAUAAUUGGAUCGUCUGUAAUGGCAGCAAGCUGGUAGAAUUCAUAAAUGGGCCAAUUGACUGCUACCUUGUCAAAACUGUUGUCGAAGACGAAUUUCAGUGCGUUGACCCUGUUCCCAGGUACUUGCACGCCACUUAUACUCAAACCAUUACUGGUUUGAAUGAUGAAGGUCCGGCUCUAACUACGUCUCAAGACUCAUACUACAUAGAAUCGUCUGCGUAUUACUUCUUUCGGGCGUCCACUUGUAUAACGUACUGUCCGGUGCAUGAUCCAUGUGGUUUGGGAGACUGUUUUGGACAUAAACGAGACCCCGAUAUGGCAUAUGGCAACAUUUACAUUCGCUAAAGAUUUUUGCAUAAAUAAAAAGAGAAUGUGAGUCAAGACGCGGGUUUUACGCAAGACGAUAUAAAACAAGCAACUGUAAACAGUGUCUUUUAACGUAACUGAGCUAUUUGUAGAUGUUCAUCAGGCUUUUAUUGGAUUUUUUCUUGAUUAUACGAUGUGAAUUAGGCCUAUGUAACAUUCCAUAAAAACACAUUAUUUUUCUUCAGGUUGCUGUAGUUUCGUUUCACUGAUAAUAUCGCUGCAGAUAUGCAUAGUGGGAUGUUAAAGGGAAAAUAACUUCGUUGUGGCCAAAAAAUUCAUUUUCCCGGAGU